AUGGCUCACCUCCACGAGGUGCCUCUAGCAGCGGGUCUGCUCACGACCUUCGUUCCUUCCGCCGUCCCCACGCCGACCCUCUCGUCGUUAUAUGUUUCCCCUUCUUCCCAGCCAUUCCCGACGUUGGCCUCGGACCCCGGAUAUGACGACGGCGGCGGAGGUGGGGGAGGAAUGCAUGAAUGGUCUUCACUCAUCGGCAUCGUGACUGCGCUAAUCGGCAACAUCCUGAUCUCCUUGGCCCUCAAUAUUCAGCGCUAUGCCCAUAUCAGGAUCGAGCGAGAAUGGGAGCAUCAAAAACUACAAAAGGAGGCGGAAUGGAAACGUGCAAAUCCAGGCCGGGGGUCGACAGACACUUAUGGUUCGGUUGCGGAUCAUGAAUACAACGACUACGAAACUCGGGGUAGAAACAAAUCCCGCCGCUUCGCUCGUUAUAGGGACGAGUCCCCAGAAGUUAGGUUCGUCCAUCAUGAUCAGCCCCAUAUUGAUCUUGGACCCGAGGACGAUGAUGAGAUGGACACGAAUGCGCAUCAGGAUCAAAUGGAUGAGUCGUUCAUGUCGGAUCGGACUGUGCGACCGGGGGAUCUGCGCCGGAAAUCAUACCUUCGCUCUCCGUACUGGUGGGUCGGAAUCGUGUUGAUGUGCGUCGGCGAGAUCGGAAACUUCAUGGCAUAUGGUUUUGCUCCAGCGUCGAUUGUUUCCCCAUUGGGCGUCGUGGCCUUGAUAUCGAAUUGCGUCAUUGCUCCGAUUCUGCUGAAGGAGAAAUUCCGGGGACGCGACUUCUGGGGCGUGGUCGUGGCGGUCACCGGUGCAGUGGUAGUCGUUCUCAGCGCUAGUUCGUCCGAGGAGAAGAUCGGACCGCAUGAUAUCUGGGUGAUGAUUACCCGCUGGGAGUUUGAGACUUAUGUAGGCAUUUCCACCGUGUUGAUCAUUGGGCUCUUGUGGGCAAGUGGAAAGUAUGGGUCACGAACGGUUUUGAUUGAUGUUGGGCUCGUGGCACUUUUUGGUGGAUAUACUGCCCUAUCAACAAAGGGUGUUUCGUCACUGUUGUCCUUCACUCUAUGGCAUGUGAUUACCUUUCCAAUCACCUACCUUCUGGUUUUUGUCCUGGUUUUCAGCGCUGUAUUGCAGAUUCGCUACAUCAACCGUGCUCUCCAGCGUUUUGAUUCCACCCAGGUGAUCCCAACCCAGUUUGUGCUUUUCACACUGUCUGUCAUCAUUGGAAGUGCGGUGCUGUACCGGGAUUUCGAAAACUACACUCUUGACCGUGCCGGGAAGUUUGUGGGCGGUUGUCUCCUGACCUUUCUAGGCGUAUAUUUCAUCACCAGUGGCAGGGUCCGCAAUGACGACGAGUCUUCGUACUCUAAUGACGAAGAGGAAGCUAUUGGUCUGCUGGCAGGAGAGAGGUACCGUGAUAGCGUCGACAUGUCACCUCCUGCGCGUCAUGUAAGAGUGCAGAAACCUUCACGGAUUCCUUUGGAAACCCAGGCAGAGAAUAUGCAGUCCCCCUCCGGGUCGCUCCUUAGUCACGGUAUUGAGGGUAUUGACGAGGGCCAGCGUACGCCCCGGGGUGUUUCAUCUGCUGCUCCAUCUUCUCCCGUUGGUUCAUUGACCGCCGACUCUCUCACCGGACAGUCUCUACAGCCUUCCCCUCCCAUGCACCCUAACUCUCUCCUAACUAAUCCUUGGGCUGAUGCUCAUGAGUCGGCCAUUGUGACCCCCAAGUCCGAGCCCCAAAUCCCCCAAAUUGACCGUCCAGUCACUCCUGAACAGUCGAGGCCGACAACAUCUGGCUCACCGGUUCUUCUUCGUUUCCCACCAGCGCCUGGCAUCGAAGACAAUAACCUCAAGGUUCCUGCCGCCUCGGGAACGGAAACCGCAUCGCCAGGGAUCCGAAGUAGUACGGUUCCACAGACGCCACCGGCACGCCGACUACGGAAUUCGAUAUCGUCACGUUUCUCGCCUGGCCCGCUACUUCCGACUAUCUCUGCCGGGUUCAGUGCAGUGGUAGCAGAGUCCCUACGCCGUGGUGAAACGAGUCCGGUAAAGGAUCGCAAGUCCGUGCGGAGGCAUCGGGGCAAGCAACUCAGUACAACCAUUGUAGAUGGUUUUCUUCGCAGCCGCGACGGCGAAAAUGCCAACAUCGAUGAGGGAUUAGGGCCCCGCGGUGUGCUGCCGACGGCAAGGUUUAACUCCACCGGCGAUAUUGCCACCGCUCCUGUCACUGCAGGACAAUCCACCACUACUUUGGAUACAGAGGAUGCUCCACAAAACCUGCAGCCCGAUGGCUCUACUUCUGUAUCUCGGAUUCGAAGCCUAAGUGACUCCUGGAGUGGAGGCCUAGCAUGGCUGGGUGGCACUUUACGCAAAGUGAAUGGCCACGGCAACGGACAUGAGCAGAUCGCCGAGUCACAGACUAACGAGGAGGAAACUGGCGCAAAUACGCAGGCGUAA